AUGGCUGCUGGACCUUCGCAUACCCCGCCUCCGGGCUCCGUCUCCGUCUCUGUGUCCGGGCCCGGGCUAUCGGCGGCAUUCUCGGAUCCGGGCCUGCCACAACAAUAUCGCAUUGCACUUGGGCUCAAUAUGGAUGGCUACAUUACUCCUGAGAUAGAAGAAGCAUAUCGCCUGAAUAACAUGCAGAUCGGCGCUGCCAAUGCUAAUGCUGCACCAACGACCUCUGGCCAGUUUGGUAUACUUGCGCCAGCAACGAUACCAGAGUCAAGCGAAGCACAGCCAGAUACAGGGGCUUCUAAUACUCAAAGUCAAGGGUAUGAACAGCAAGUCAAACGAUCAAAUGGUCAGCUGAGCACCAAGAUUGUGAUUGAUCCUCCAAAUCUUGAGGAAUGGAGGAAUAAGUUAUUCAAUGUCGACGAAACCAUCGUCCUUACACAUGAAGAGUUCGAGACGUAUUUCCCACACGUAGACAACGUCUAUUCUCACCGCUCGACGCAACGCUACAAAAGAAAACCCUUCAUCUCCCACUACUGGGAUUGCCGCAUGAAAGGUCGCCCGCCAGGAACACCAAAGUCUGACGACCCAAACAAGAAGAAACGCAAGCGAACUUCUCGUCAGCGUGAUCUGUGCGAUGUCAAGAUCAAGAUCACUGAGUAUUUCCCCGACGCUCAUGUAGAGCUCGGCGAGAAUACCUCUUCUAGCUCUGAUACAACAGGCCAGCGCCUAUGGACGAUACAAAGAGUGAACGGAAACGGAGGUAAUGGGAAGGGCGACGGUGUAGCUGGACCCCACAAGCACACGCUUGAAAGAAGUGACGAGAUUAAGAAGAGCAGUGUGCAGCGAUACGUGGCGAAGCAGGGCAGCCUGGGCAGGACAAAUGGAAAAGCCAAGGAAGUCCGUAUACUCGACAUCAACAACAAAUGGAAGAUAUCGCUAAUAUCUGGGCUUGUGUAG